AACAGUCUGCUUCAGGCAGAGAUGAACUAACUGUUAGAGGGACAGUGGACGAUUUGUUUUUGCAGAGGAUAGCCACCAAGAAUUGUUCCAGUUGGAGUUAAGUGGGCAUAAAAAAGGCUUAUAAGUUUUUGAACAUAGCUAGCUAGCUAACGUGAUACACAUUUAUUUCUGUUUAAGUUAUUGAACAUACAGUAGCUAGCUAACGUGAUACACUUUUUUUCCGUUAUAAAUUUGGCAUUGUCUAAUGGCAGGGUGUGUUUGCCUCUGAAGGCCAGCAUAAUUUCCUUUCCAAAAUUGUAAAUUUGUACAUCAGUAGAAGUACUUAGCAACCCCCACUUGACUAGCUAACGUUAGUUAGCUACUGGUAGCUGCAGACCAAAUAUAUUAGCUAGUUAGCAUGCAAGUUAGGCAUUUCAUUGUACUUGUGCAUGUGACUAGUUGACAACCGCCUUACCUUUCGUAAGGUAAUAAUACUGUUGGCAAAUCCACGUUUGUAAUGAUUUAGCAGUUUAUUCUUACAUACUCUAAAACCACUAGAUAUGCAAUGGUUUCAUAAAUAGUUGAAGUAAACUGGCUAGCCAACUUUGUUGGUUUCUUCUGUGUUGUCCCCACUCUCGUGCUUUGUAGACACGUCUCCAUGCAAACGGCGCACUAGACAGGCUGCUUGCACCAUUUUCAACUCCCUUUUUUGGUUGCACUCGCGCCCCACGAGAAGGCAACCCCUCUACAAUAAUGUGAGGGUUUAUGUCCUAAUUUGCUCAUAAAGCAAAGACUGAUUGCCAAUUGUGAGAAUUAGGCCACCCCCGAUAUUGAUGCGGAGGAAGAAAAGUUAAUGAAAAGGGUGGAAGCAGGUUGACACAUUUGUCAUGUGCAUACAAAUGGUAUACUCCCAAAGUGAUACAUUAAGUUGACUAGGUAUAAUUGAUACAUUCCAUAAAUAUAAUACAAAACAAACAGCACAGUCAGAAAUGCAGCAGGUGCAACACAGGUGAAUCAUUGAGUGCGCGUGCCAUGUUUGAGCGAAUACAACCAACUGUCUUCUACACAUUUUACAAAAUCAUUCUUAACUGAAGACUACGCUUUUAAAAGAGACAAGGCGAAAAUGGACAGGCACCUGUAAGAUUCCUAUCUACCCGUUGACCCUUGAGGAUCACACAGCCAUAGUGAGCCAUUUGCCUUUUACUCAAAAGGACUCAACAUGAGAAUUGACGACCACACCCCAGCAACAGACACUCCCAAAAUCCCUAAGAUCCCCAGUUGGCCUGGGACCCCUAAACAACGUCCCCAGGAGGCCCUCCUUGUGGAGCCAUGUGUGGCCCUGGGCCAGCGUCUCCGCCCCUGCUAUGGUCCCAGGGGCUUAGCCAAAUCCCUUCUCUUCCGCUUCCCCCACGGCAUCACCAACUCACCAGUCACCAGCCCUGACACCCCCUCCGUCCUAAACCACAUGGCCCUGGAGGACCCCUCCGCCCUCACCCUGGCCUCCGCAGCCUCUACCCAGGCCAGGGAGCACGGUGAUGGGGCUGGGACGGUCCUCCUCCUGGCCGCCUCUCUCCUGACCCAGGCUAAGGACCUACUAACCCUGGGGGUGACUGGGGCUGAGAUCCAGGGGGGCUACCGCCAGGCGUGUGGCAGGGCCCUGGCUCUGUUAGAGGGGAUGGCCUGUGGGUCCCUGAAGGACCCCAGGGAGGAGCUGGAUGUGAGGAACAUCCUGGGGCCCUUCCUCUCCUCCUGGCAGCCAGGGUUCGAGGCCCUGCUGACGGGGGUGGUGGCCCGGUGUUGUGUCCACAGCUGGAGACCCAUAACUUCUGGUGACCGAGGAGAGGUGUGGGAAGGAGUGACCUUUGACCCCAGCUGUGUCAGAGUGUGUACGGUGCUAGAGAAGGAGAUACCAGACCAGGGUUCAGAGACAGAGGAUGGACAGAUAGAAACAGAUGGAGAUGGAGAGGAGCUGAUACAGACAAAGGGAGAGGAGGAGAGGACUGGAGAUGAAGAAGUUCAGAUGAUGAAGGAGGAGGGAAAAGAGAUGGAGAGUGAAGGGACUGCAGAGGCUAGUGAAGAGGAAGUGGAGGAGGGAAAAGAGAUGGAGAGUGAAGGGACUGCAGAGGCUAGUGAAGAGGAAGUGGAGGAGGGAAAAGAGAUGGAGAGUGAAGGGACUGCAGAGGCUAGUGAAGAGGAAGUGGAGGAGGGAAAAGAGAUGGAGAGUGAAGGGACUGCAGAGGCUAGUGAAGAGGAAGUGGAGGAGGGAAAAGAGAUGGAGAGUGAAGGGACUGCAGAGGCUAGUGAAGAGGAAGUGGAGGAGGGAGAAAACGAGACGAAGAGUAAUGAGUCACUCAGAGAGGAAGAGGUAGAGAACCAAGAUCAACAGAGAAUAUGUCAGAAGGUGGAGGAUGCUAUGAAACAAAUGGAAGAUGAAAAAACUAGAAAUGAAGAAACUGAGGAGGAGGAUGAUGGUGUGGAAGAAAACAAGUUUGACGACUGGGUGGAUCUGGGCCUGGAGAUAUGGAGAGAGAGAUCCGAAGGAGAAGGAGAGGUAUGGAGAGAGGGAGAGAAUGAAGGAGAGACAGUGGAGGCAGAGGGUCAGAAGGACAGAAGGGAGGCGAGGAACAGAAUUGACAGAAGAGGAGGUCCGUAUGAGGUCUUGAUCCAUGGCAGCUUUGCCAAACUCAUGUCCCGCUGCUCCACUCAGAGGCAGAUUUACAAGCAUAUCACCUCGGUCCGCUCUGCCCAACACAGUCGACGACUACACAGGCCUAAAGGGCGUCUGACAAGCCCAACAACCCACCACCACCACUCACCCAAAAAGCCCCACCAGUCACCCAGGAAAACCCCCACCUCCUACCUCAGCCACAGCAUCCCUCUCUGGGCCAGCGUGGUAGUGGAGGAGCCCCUGGAGGAGGAGACCUGCUGUAAGGUCACAGUGACUGUCCGUAGCCCAGACCAGGCCCUGCUGGAUAGCGCAGAUGCUGCUCUGCGUGCCUCCCUGCGGGUUUACUGCUCCCUCCUAGCAGAGCCCAGGGUGGUCCCCGGGGCUGGAGCCUCUGAGGUGGGCUUGUCCGCAGGGCUGACCCAGGAUGGGUUAACCCUGGUGGGCAUGGAGCAGCUGGCCGUCCAUGCCUUCGCCCAGGCCCUGCUGGAGCCAGUCAAAGCCCUGGGAGAGAAUGGAGGGACCCCCGCGGACCUGGCCGUGCUGAGAGGAUACAAACGCCGAUGGAAGGGCAAGAUGGAGGGGACCAAUGGAGCGUAUCAAGGUGUGUUGGACAGGCUAGGGUGUAAGGCUAGUGCCAUAGAGAAAGCUACAAAGGCAUCACUAGCUGUCCUCACUGAACUCCUGAGCCAGAUAGCAGCGGAGGAGGACAAGACCAAAAUCUUCUUCCCAGUUACCACAGAACAGGCAUGGCUCCCUUCACCGCCCCCAUAUACACUGCACAUACAAGACUUAUUCAGGGAUUCAGAAGUAGACGAUUGAAGUUU